AUGUCUGUGGCCAGCCUGAUCGCGACCAAGGGACACCCAUCCGACGUUCCCGUCUACGUUAUCGUCGGCUACGUACUGGUUGAUGCUGGUCUCGGACGAGACGUCUGGACACUCGAAACGAAUAGGAUCGACAGUAUCGGCUACUGGAUCUAUGUCUUUGAGCCUCUCUACAUUUUGAUCAUGACCUUCCUCAAAACCUCUUUUCUACUCUUCUUCCUUCAAAUGUUCUGCCGCGGCCCAUCGGAGCGGACCUGUCUCCGUGGUCUUUUGAACUUGCGACUCGCGCUGUGGAGCACAGUGAUCUUCAACGCGGCUUGUGGGUUCUGUUUCAUCCUGCCGCUGAUAUUGCAAUGCAAUCCCAUCAGUUACACCUGGACUCGAUGGCCCGGUGAUGGGGAGCACAGCGACGGAACUUGUAUCAACGUCAAGGCAGUCGUAUGGGUGAAUGGGGCCCUUAGCGUCAUAACAAACGCUUGGAUGCUUUACUUGCCCCUCUCUCAAAUACACGGAAUGAACCUACCCCGGCGGAAGCAGAUUGUUAUCGGCGUCAUGUUUGGAUUGGGAGCUUUUGUAUCCGUUGUUAGUGUACUACGUUUGCAAGGCCUAAACACGUACGGCUACACGGUAGUUGACCCUACCUGGGACUACUAUCCAAGCGUAAUCUGGUCGGUGCUGGAGUUUACUGUCGGGAUGCUAUGCGCAUGUUUGUCGGCCGCUCGAGGAGUUGUGCUGCGCUCAACCACACAUGGAUCCAGGCUGUUCUCCGACACUGCAGGCUCGCCUUCCAACACCAGAGCAUCGAAGCUAGCUCAUCUGAGCAGAGCCAGUUUUCAUAAUAGACGCAAAAGCCAUCAUCAACAAGCGAGCGCAGAUGCGGCAGGGGCAGGCGAUAAGGGCUACCAAAGUGGAAGCUCCAGAUUGGCCUUCACGUCCGAACCAAUCGUAAUGGAACCAUUCCCGGAGAUCACCGACAUCGAGAGCAGGCCUGCGCUGCUACGAAGAGAUUCCAGCUACAAAGACAUGACUGAGCCAGCACCCGUCAGUGAAGCGCUCAAGGAUAUAAUAAGAGAAACGACAAGGACCAGUCUCGAACUCAGUCCAAUGAGGGAAGAAUUUAUAGAAGCCCUGAGGGUAGAGGAUUCAGUGGCCCCCAACGCCGACAACUGCUCAACGGUGAGGAAGGGCACCGAAAAUACAGCAGCGACCGGUGGUCGUCGCGUGUCGGUUUCGACCAAGAAGCGUCGCAUCACACCCGACUUCUUCUUUGUACCUGCACUUACAGGCGGAGUCGGAAGCUCGUGGAGGACGAGCGUGGCCCUGAAUAACACAAAGCGAGGCCGUGCAAUGUCGUCACCUCGGUCUCCGCCCCGCAGUCUGUUUCGUACUUCCGACUGGGGCCAGCUGAGUUCGUCGUCGGUGACGGAGUUGGCCUCGCCGAACCAAACGAAACGGGAGCGCAAUGGAUCCGUGGCAUCAUCGAUUCAAAAGCCCAAUUGAUAUGGGUGUGCGGUUUUUCGAUACCCAUCCCAUCAGUUCCAGCGUCGGAUCACAUCCCUUUUGGUCAGCAGUAUUUUUAGACGGUAGCCAAUGCAGAAGACCAACAUGUGGGGAUGGAGAAUACAGACAAGGAAAACGUAGCCAAGAUUCAUCCGAGUCCCCAAGCUAAACCUGGGUACUUUGCUCAGUUACACACCAUCCAGCACAUACCCGAAGAUCUGGGCAUGACAAAAGUUUCAUUGCUCGAGGAGGAGUGGCGCUCUGGACUGGGGCUCGCGAGACAUGCCUGUGCUACUACAAUAUAGUAUUCUGGGUACACCGUUGCUCGGACCCAGACUUGGCCAAUAUUCUGGCCAAUAGGUGCCUCUGCACAGUUAUUUAUCCGCUUCCGCGCAAAAUACUGUCGGUCGUGGGGAGGUACAUGGCUUUUGGUGUGUUUGUAACAACAAGGAAGCAUGUAACGGUAGUAGUUUUAUUUAGUCUUAGCCUAGCGAGUGAUGCUUAUUGGAACGGAAAGAAUAGUUUAAGAAAAGAACAAAAUUAUCUCAC